AGCCGAAUGCGGAAGCAUAGUUUACCCAACUGUUUUGCUGUAACGUUAAUGUUUUAUGCGGUCGUUUUACCCGAAUAUUCUGAGGCUUUCUGAACAUCCCGGGUAUAAUCACUUCGGCGAAGAAGAUGGCUCUGCCACAACAAUUAAAAGCAAUCCAACACCAUUUAAGAACAGGACAGGAACACGAGCAAAGGGAUCCUGUUGUGGCGUACUACUGCCGUCUCUAUUCCAUGCAGACAGGCAUGAAACUGGACAGUAAGAGCCCAGAAUGCAGGAAGUUUCUUGUUAAACUAAUGGAUCAGUUGGAAACGAUGAAGAAAGAAUUGGGUGAUAAUGAAUCCAUCACUCAGGAGAUUGUUGGCCAUGCUCACAUUGAAAAUUAUGCCUUAAAAAUGUUCCUCUAUGCUGAUAAUGAAGAUCGAUCAGGGCGCUUUAACAAAAAUAUGAUAAAAUCAUUCUACACAGCUAGCCUCCUGAUCGAUGUUCUCUCAGUAUUUGGUGAAUUAUCAGAGGAGAACAUUCAGCACAGGAAAUAUGCAAGGUGGAAGGCAACUCACAUUCACAACUGUCUCAAGAAUGGCGAGACCCCUCAACCUGGCCCAAUCGGAAUGGAUGGAGAAGCAUAUGAUGACAUGAUUGGCACAGAUGAUGGGUCAUCUGCUCAGGCCCCGUCAUCUCCUUUUCAGCCCAGGUCAUCCUUUCACACACCUGACCAAGGACCCGGCAAUACUGCUGCUCCUAACUCCAACAACAUUCAGAUAUCCCCAGGUGCACAUGCUCCAGCCAACACACCUGCUGAGAUUCCUUUUUCAACAGCAGGACCUGAGAAGCCAGUGCCAGUCCCCAGGAGCAUGCCAGUUGUUGACCCGUCUUUACUCAACACAAACCAAGAAGGUGAUGUGCGGCUUACUCCAGAGGACUUUACCCGGGCUCAAAAGUACUGCAAGUAUGCUGGCAGUGCUCUGCAAUAUGAGGAUGUGACCACUGCCAUUCAAAACUUGCAGAAGGCCCUAAAGUUGCUCUCCACCGGCAAAGAAUGAAGGCAUUGUUCAGAGUUAUCACUCAUCUAGCUGAAAAGAGCCCCACUACAGAGCCGUGAGCCAGGCCACAGCUGUUUCAGGAAAGAGUGAUUCUCAGAGCACAGAAAAUUACUACAAAUACAAUGGCCACUGUGUCUCUACAUUUAACCUAUUUUAAUGUCUUUCAUAGUCGUCUUUUGCUACUGUAUAGUAUGAAAUGGAGAUUCGGAUAUAUUGCACGUCGUCUGAGUGAAGGUAUAAGGUAUAAGGUAUGAUCUGUAAGGCUAGAUACGGAUACUUUCAUAUACAAACUUGAAAGUCUCUGCUGGUAAUCUAAAAUAUGUUUCUCUUCUUCUCCGUUGAUAUUUAAGCAGUGUGGGUUAUGCUGAAUUAAACAUAACAAAAUGAGCUGAAAUCCUGUAAAACAUUGCAUUGUGCCUCUUAUUUGGCUUUGCAAUUCCAUUCUGAUUCAAAUAAAAACCUGAAACUAA